AUUUCGUUUUAACGGAAGUUAAUGUUGAUAAGGAGCGACCUUCUUGUCCAGUUUUAUGACUAAAGUUCAUAAUUAAAGUUUUUAUUUGAAUUAACAUUUUUAUCAGUGUUGCUGUGUUACCAUUUAUUCGAAAGGUUUUUCGCUAUACAUGUACAAAUAUUGUGUCUUAUUAUAACGGAAGAAGGUCGAAUGACUUGCAGUUUGCUUUUAUCGUAUAACUGCGGAAAAGGAAAUAAAUUUUAUCAUAUUUAUUAAGAUAUAGUUAGUAAAUAUGCAUGGACUACACCGAAAAGUGAAGAGAAUGGAUUCUGCGAUGGGUAAUUUUAUUACUGGCACUGGUGGCGAUAGAUCAUACCUGCAUAAACAUGAUAAUCAGAAGCUGGAAGAAUUCAAUGAUACGGAUUGGUUGAUGCCUCUUGCAAUCUUUAUAAUAAAACAAGCCGGUUUGCUUCUUCAUGUGAAAGAUGAUGACAUACAGUAUAAUGACUGGAUGAUACCAGUUUUCUGUAUAGGAUUAGGUCUCCUGAUACUUUGUUGUAUCAUCGGAUGCUACAGAACCUGUAAGAAAAAUCAUCGCUAAAAAGUAAACCGAGUUAAAGUCUUAUAAAUUCUCCACGCUCAAAAUUUUAUUUCUGCUUCGAUAUGAUUCACAAGCAGAAGACAAUAACAAUAAAAAAUCAACAAGAAAACGACUUACAACAGUAACUAUUAUAGGGGGAUAUACGUUGUUCUCGAAAUGCUGCACUGUUUUAGCAAAGAAACGGUUUAAAAGUGAUCAAAAUGUAAAAAAAAUUGGUUCGAAUAAACGGAUAAAAAGGCAGGUUUUUCCUCAUUGCCUGAGUUUACACAUCACCACACCUUAAUUUGUAAUUGAAAAAAGGUUCUUUUUGGUACUUUGAUUAUUCAUAAAAUUGAUUUACAUUAGUUGAUGUGUGAUGGACUAGUGUAUCUAAUAGGAACAAAAACAUUCUGCUCUACGUGCAUGGACGACAAUCUCAAAUGAUUUCUUAAAAGAUCAGUGUAAAUUUCACAAACCUAAUGCGAUUGUUCAUAAAAUACAACGAAAUGACAUUGGUGAUAGAACCGGAUAUGACAGGAUUAUUCGAUGAAAGUGUAAAACUAUCUUAGAUUGAUAUUUUCAAUACUGUUGCAUGCCUUAUCAAAUGAAUCUGAGAAAUUUUCCAAGCAUACCUAGUUUUUUUACAUCAAAUCUAGCAAACAAGAAAAAAAUAAUAGGAGUUAGUUCGUUACUUGACUAAAGUGAUGAUAUAGUGGCAUGCAUUAAGGUAUUAUAAUAUUUAUGCAGAUAAUGUAUUGUCAAUUUGUGUAGCGGCGUGCUUUUGUUAAGUUUUUUAUUCUACUAAUAAUUAUUUACUAUCUUUUGAAACAAGUCGUUGAGGCUGUGACCUGGGUUAUUUUUCUUUCGCUGUUUGUUGCUGAAAAUCAGUGUACACGUGUUUCGUUGUGUUUAUAAAUAUACCCUUCUUGUAAUCAGUUUGAAGUGAAAAUUUGUGAAUGUAGUAACAUCGAAAUAUAAGACGCCUGCUUGCAUUAAAUUAUCACUACUCUUAACAAAUGUUUGUAUCAGUAAUAUAUGUUUUUUUAAGACUGUAAGCCUUUUUUUUACAACAUGUAUAUUGAUAAAGAUUUGACAUGCAUUGUAUAUACAAUAAAUUAAACAGAGAAACGAUU